AGCAAUCUGAGUAGUGGAGGCUCUGCUGUCUGCUAGGGAAUUACAUCCUUCAAGCUCACAUACAAGACCCUGCAGCAGGCAGCCCUGUUCUAGUCAGUACAAGGGGGGCGGUUAGGGUGGAUGCCUCCUUUUGUUACAGAAGAAAAGUCAGAAAAGUGAGGAGGAGAAGAAGAAACUGGAAGAUUUUGUUUAAAAAAGUGGAAAAAAAAAAACGUUCUGAACCAGAGACUGUGAUAUUAUAAACGGGACGCAAGUUUAUUGCCUGGAAGGAGCCUUUGUAUAUUGAAAGAGAAAAGAGAGAGAGAGAUAUCAACACCAACAAUGAAGGUAUUGCUUCUCUUAUGCUCCUGUAUCUUAGUCAUCCAUGCCCUGCCUUUUGAACAGAGAGGAUUCUGGGAUUUUUCCAUGGACGAUGGAAUGGCUAUGAUGAAAGAUGAGGAGGCCUCGGGAGUAGGUCCUAUACCUACUGAGAGUAUUCCAGAUGUUGGUUUGCCACCUAUGGAUUUAUGCCCAUUUGGGUGUCAAUGUCAUUUGCGUGUGGUGCAGUGCUCUGAUUUGGGUCUCACGUCUAUUCCCAAAAACCUUCCGAAAGACACCACUCUCUUGGAUCUACAGAACAACAAAAUCACGGAAAUCAAAAAGGACGACUUCAAGGGACUCACCAACCUGUAUGCUUUGGUUAUAGUCAACAACAAGAUAUCGAAAAUCAAUGAAAAGGCCUUUGAGCCCCUGCAGAAGAUGCAGAAACUGUACAUCUCUAAAAACAACCUCGAGGAAAUACCCAAAAACCUUCCCAAGUCUCUGGUGGAGCUGCGCAUUCACGAAAACAAAAUUAAGAAGGUCCCAAAGGGCGUCUUCAGUGGACUGAAGAACAUGAACUGUAUUGAAAUGGGAGGAAACCCUCUGGAAAAUGGAGGCAUUGAGGCUGGCGCAUUUGAUGGCUUGAAGCUGAACUACUUGCGUGUUUCCGAGGCAAAACUGUCCGGCAUCCCAAAAGGUCUUCCAAGCACCCUAAAUGAGCUUCACCUUGACAACAACAAGAUCCAGGCUAUUGAAAAGGAAGACCUUAGCCAGUAUGCUAGCCUGUACAGGCUGGGUUUAGGACACAACAACAUCCGCAUGAUAGAAAACGGCAGCUUAUCUUUUAUGCCUGUUCUGAGGGAGCUUCACUUGGACAACAACAAACUCUCUAAAGUGCCCCCAGGGCUGCCAGACAUGAAAUUACUGCAGGUUGUGUAUCUGCACUCCAACAACAUCACCCAGGUUGGCGUCAAUGACUUCUGCCCUAUAGGAUUCGGAGUGAAACGCGCCUACUACAACGGAAUUAGUCUAUUUAACAACCCCGUGCCCUACUGGGAAGUGCAGCCGGCCACAUUCCGCUGCGUCACCGACCGAUUGGCUAUCCAGUUUGGCAAUUACAGGAAGUAAAGAAGGUGGAACGAGAUGCAGGAACCCCCUUAUUGUAAGAGGCAUACGACAGACACGAAGAGAGCAGAAGAAUCAAAUUUGCAGAAAUUACCAAUUAUGUUUAACACAAGGGAGUGUAAGACCUAAAAACAAUUAUAACCCCCCCCCCAACACCCAACUGUAGGUAUCUGCCCUGAAUUGCCUGUCUUACCGUCUUCUGGCACCACUGUAUAUAGAACAUGGAAGGAUGUGCAGAUAGCACUACUCAUAUGACCACAAAUUGUGUAACCCCCACACUCGCACAAUGAUACGCUUUCUUUUUUAGAGACUAUGCAACUUGUAACAGAAAUAGCAGAUUUCUAGAUCCCCCCCUGUACUGUAGUGCAGAGCAUGGACAUGCUGGCCAUGGGGAUUAGAAGACUUUAGCUCAUUGUGUUGUGCUUGAAGCUUCCCCAUUACCUUUAAUAGGAUGCUUGUAGCACUCAUCAUUGGCCAAAUGAACUGCAAGCUUUUGGGUCUUAUACCCCCUUCCACUCCUUUUACAUGCCAUCCCUCACGUAGUCAGUACAUAGGCUUCUGCAGUCACACUAACAGCUCACAAGCACCCAGUCUAGCUCUCUGCUGGAGCUACCAUAUGUCUUUCUUUUUCACGCUCAGAUUUGGGGAGAUUAGUCGCCCGGGGUCAAACCUCCUCUUCUUCUCCCCAAACUGCCUCCCGCCAUCUAGAAUGUAAAUUGCCGGCGGGAUGGCACUCAGAGUUUUUCGUUUUCCCGAAAUCGGCUCAAGUUUCCUUGUGAGGCAACUUCGGAAAAAGACAUGCCAUCCCACCAGCGAUUUAUGGUCUAGCCGACGGGAGGUAGUUUAGGGAGAUUAGUCGCCCCGAAGAAGAGGAAAUUUGUCCCCUGGGCGACUAAUCUCCCCGAAUCUGAGCGUGUGCCCUGACCCUGAAUAUCAUUCCAAUUCUGUAGUCUCCAUAAUCCCUUUUAACCCCUUCAGUACUGUCUGAGACACAUUGCAGAGCAAUGGCUUGUUGACCCUCACAUCACCGGAUAGGUCUUGCCAGCAUAUCGGUUUCAUCAUAUUUAACCCCUUUAUUUAAGUUAUGAUGACCACUUUAGCUUUAGGAACGAUUAAGCAGCCUGGAAUAAUGGCAUAGCACUUUUUAUUUUUGUUCACAAAUUCAUGCAAUUUUUAUUUUUAAGUAGAAAAUUCCAAUUUCUCCUGCCUCAAGCAUCGCUGGGAAUAUGCUUGGUCGCAUUGCCACCUACAGGAGAAGAAAGGGCACUGCGUGGUUUAUAGGUGUCCAAAAAUGUUUUCUUUUAAAUAUAAAUUCCAUUAAUAGUCUAGAAAGCAGAGGGUGAUUCUACUGUAUGUGGUACAGUGGAAACCACACACACAACAGCAAGUCUUUUGGCAUUCCAUUUGAAAGAGCAAAGAUCAGAGACGGCAAGCUUAAAAGAAGACCGCAGCAUUUCUGUAGAUGCCAAAGAAACCCUCCCAUUUAUGCAGCUUUUGGGUAUAAAUGGAAAAGUGUAUUUUUAGGAAAGGUAGCAGUAAUUUCAGUUAUUGUAUAUCCAGUGUGAUGUGAGGAAGGAAUACUUACAAACUGUGCUGAGCAUUUUUUUUUUUUAGCAUCAAAUAAUGAAGCAUUAAAAUAUUGUCUUUUUCUCCCUUU